CCCCGCCCGGGCGGCGGUACCGGACCGACCCGUGGUCUGGGGUCCGUAAUCAGGAGCCCCGGCCAGCCCACGCUCAGGCAAGGGAUGCAUGGCUGCCCGCCGCCUCCUCCUCAACACCAUGAAGCAGAUCUGCCUCUGUGCCGCUGCCUCCUUUGCGAGUCAGGACUGGACCAAGAACGAUGAGAAGCUCCUGCAAGCUGUGGACUACAACGAUGCUGGAAAGGUGGCAUCCCUCCUCGUCCGCAAGGGCCUGGUCCCCACCAAGCUGGAUUCUGAGGGCAAAUCUGCGUUUCAUCUGGCUGCCACACGGGGGAAUGCAGACUGCCUUGAAGCCAUGCUAACUCACGGUGUGGAUGCCAUGACCAAAGACAGCUCGGGUUACACUGCCCUGCACCUGGCAUCCAAGCACGGCCACCCACAAUGUGUCAGCAAGCUGCUGCAGGCCUCCUGCCCUGUGGAUGUAGCUGACAGCAGUGGCCAGACGGCGCUGCACCAUGCAGCAAUCAGUGGCUGCAUCCCGUGCUCAGAGAUCCUCUGCGAUUACAAAGCUCCCCUGAACAUUAAGGAUAAGAAUGGCUGCACGCCGUUGAUCCUUGCUGCCAAAAUGAGCCACUCAGAGCUCUGCCAGUACCUGCUGCACCGUGGAGCAGCCAUCAACAGCCGGGACCUGCAGGGGAAGACAGCCCUGAUGCUGGCCUGUGAGAAUGGCAGCGUGGAGACCGUGGAGGUGCUCAUCAAUGCUGGUGCACGGGUGGCCUUGGUGGACUCGAUGGGCCACGAUGCUGCACACUACGGCCUGUCCACGGGCAACGCUCUCAUCCAGCACUUCCUGCAAGAGGCUGCUCAGCGCCAGUCCUGGGCCAGUGAAGAGGAGACAUCUGAGCAGACGUCCCAGACAUCUUCACCCAGCCAGUCAGCAGGCAGAGAGAAAAGCAACACUCCGAGGAAGAGGAAAGCUCCCCUGCCUCCCCCAGGUACCCCAGGCCAGGAGGACCAGGAUGCUUACGAGGAGAUUGUGAGGCUGCGGCAGGAGAGGGCACAGUUCUUGCAGAAAAUCCGGGGCUUGGAGCAGCAGGAGAAGGAGAGACGAGAGCAGGCAGAGCUGGAUAAAGGCUCCCUACGCUGCAUGGAGAAGCAGAUCCAAGAGCUGGAGGAGAGGCUGGCAGCACGGGAAAGAGAGAAGGAACGGCUGGGGAAGGAGGUGGAGGCUCUGCAGAGCCGUUUGUCCUCGCAGGAGAAUGAGAAGGAAAACACGAGCUACGACAUCGAGACGCUGCAGGACGAGGAGGGAGAGCUGCUCGAGUUCCCAGGGGCAGAGCUGCUGCUCUCCAAGAAGACUCUGAGCCCUUCGGCUGAGGAGCUGCUGGCCACGCUGCAGGACCAGGUGCAGUCCCUCACCAUGCAGAACAAGGAGCUGAGGGAGAAGAUACAGGUCCUGGAGAACUUCGAGCGGGACGAGAGUGACCCAUCUUCCCCUGGGGACUUUGUGCCUGCCAGCCUCUACAACUCCCUCAAGCGUGAGCUGGAGAGGCUGCAGGCUGAGGGUGCUGAGCGUGGGAGGCAGAGCCUUGCAACAGAGCCAGGUGGAAAGGGCAGCAAGGAGCAGCGGUCCAGCACUGAGCACCAGGUCCAGAGCCGCUGUGAGCUGCGGGUGCCACUCCAGCAGCCUCCCUCCAGCCCCGAGGAACGUGGCACUGAGCUGGCCGAGGCUCGGAUGGCCCUGAAGCAGGCACAGGCAGCGCUGGAGGAGCGAGAGCAGCAGGUGAGGGAGCUGCAGGGCCGCUUGGAGGCUGGUGGUGCCCAAGAGGAGGCACUGCGGGAGAAGGCGGCCCUGCUGGAGCGCUGCAGCCGAGCAGAAGCAGUGGCGGAAGCGAUGAGAUGUGAGAUGGAAGCCAAGACACAGAGCUGGCGGGCAGGCAACGCACCUGAGCCAGGAGUGCCAGAGCAGCGCAUGGCCGAGCUGGCAAGGCAACACGGGGAGCUGACAACCCAGCUGGGGCAGCUGCAAGAGGUGCUGGGCCGCAGGGAGGCCGAGCUGGAGAGCCUGCGAGAGCAGCUGGCAGCCCGGCCAGUGGGACGGAAGGAGCACGAGGAGGUGCUGGCCCGGCUGCAGCAGGCGCAGAGGGAAGCCAAGGGCCAGGUGUCUCCAGAGGAACACGCUCGGGCCACGGCGGCGUUGCAGCAGCAGCUGCAGGCACUGCAGCAGCGGGCAGAUCGGCUGCAAGCUGUGGCAGAAGCCAAAGGACGCGAGGCUGCGAGGCUGCAGGCCGAGCUGGCGACGGCGGUGCCACGUGGGGAGCACGAGGCGGCGCAGGAGGGGCUGAGGGCCGAGGCGGCGGCGUUGAGCCAGAGGUUGAAUGAGCUGUCGCGACGGCACGAGAAGACGUGCGAGGAGGUUUUCAAGGUGCAAAGGCAGGCGUUGUUCAUGAAGAGUGAGAGGCAGGCAGCCGAGGAGCGGCUGGCCGCGGUGCAGCAGCAGCUGGCCGAAGCACGAGAUGAAACACGGCGCUUGCAGGACCUCCAUGGCCAUGUAGAGGACUCAGCCCGGUUGGUCAGGGACAGGGAUAGGAAGAUCACUGAGCUCUCCAAGGAGGUCUUCAGGCUGAAGGAGGCCCUGAAUGCUCUCCCAGAGUCCAAGGGAGUGAUGCAACCCCCCCCCGAAACUGCUGCCAUGCAGUCCAGGAUCCGGGCACUGGAGGAGAAGCUGGCGGAGACGGAGCUGCAGCACAGCAAGGUGGUCAAGCUGUACCGGAGCCACCUGCUCUACGCAGUGCAAGGCCACAUGGAUGAGGACGUGCAGAGGCUGCUGUGCCAGAUCCUGAAGAUGCAGAGGCUGCAGGAGCAGGGCAGAUGAAUCCCCACCAGCAAGGCAGUACCACAGGGACCAUGGGCACAGCCAGCAACCUGGCCGGGGGGGGGGGGGAGGUCAGGCCUGUGUUCACACCCUCACGGCCCCUUUGCUUCUCUGAGCAGCACCCUGGUACUGGCACAUCCAUCUCCAUCACUCACCUGGCACUGGGGGUCCUGUGCUAAGCCCCCACGCUGCUGCACGCACCCCAGCACAGUAGCAAUAAAGUAUUUCUAUUCACAGCAACAGGAUGGUUUGUCUCUGGGGGGAUGAAGACGGGAACACGGGUGAUGUAGAACGCAGUGCUGGAAAUGAAGAUGCUGGGGAUUUAAUGCCAUAAUCUCCUUCAGCCUCAGUGCCCCCAGAGGGGAGCAGGUGACCACAAAAGAAGCAGUGGGAUGGGAAGGGACAAAAUCCUUUUAGACAGAGACAAAAAACUGCUUCCCUGGGGCCUGGUGCAGGCAUGAGCAGCGAUCCCUGUGAGGUUAAACUGGCCUGCAGGUCUCCACUUUCUGUGUCAACACCUCCAUCCCAAAGGCUGCCAGCCUCCAAGGUGUGACCACACCUCACUCAGAAUUCUUCUGCCUAUACCAAUAAAAGCAAAGGGAGGCGAUUUUACACCAAUUACAAUAAAAAUAUGAUGAGAGUCACUCAAGCUCUAGCUGAAAGCAAGAAAAUAGUACAAAAAUGGCAUCAGGGAGGAGGAAUUUAUGGAAGGUGACAUUGCAGACACUGGGAGUUCAUUGCUGACUUCUGGGAUCGGUCAAUGGGCUGAACCGCUCUCCUCCAUAGGAACGGGGCAGUCUGCUAAACGCUGCUGCCCCCUGCUGGAGAAACAGCGGUACUGCAGGCACAGCACGGAGCAAAGCGCUCACAGCUGCCGCCUGCUGUCAACGCUCAGUAAUGCAGACGUUGAUUCGCGCAUGCGCAGUACUACCGAGACGCUCUGCACAGCCGUGGCGCCUAUCUCUAUGGCAGUAGGUCCUCCCGAGCUUGCUGCGCAUGUGCGGGAGUAGAGUCGCUUCCUUUUAGCGGCUCUGCGCCGGCAGUCCACCAAUCUCUAUGCUCUUUGGUCCUCCAGGCAGCACAACGCACGCUCCCGAAGACGUAAAAGCGACAUCUAUUUCUUGUAAUUACUUGAGGAGUAGAUGAACAGCCCACUCGCGGACAUUCCUCAAUCCGUUCCGCGAUGCCUCUUGUUUAUUUCCACUUUUUUUGCCACAGGGAACGGACCGCUUUGUCACCCAGCUGGCCCUCAGAGCGUCGCGGCAGCCGAUUGGCUCAUCGCGUCACCUGACCGGCAGUCACCCGCCCCAGCAUUGCGCAUGCGUACUAGCGUUGCGUCACUCGCUGCUGCCACCUAGCGACCAAAAUGUGGCACCGCAGGCGCUGCUCCACGCACAUGCAGUAGCGCAGAGGCUGCUGUGCGAUGCUUCGGUAACAACCACGCCGUGGCUGCUUGGAAAAAGAGCAUUUUCGUUACGGUUUGCUAGGAAUUAUUCGUGUUCUGGGCAGGAUAAGCUGGGUCUGAGGCAUGGUGAACAGAACCAAAGCAUCCAGCAUACAGCUGGGCACUUUGAGUCCCUUCGUGCAUGAUCCACUCGGUUGAAGAGUCAGGUUCAAAGCUUUGUAGCACGCAAGGAAACACAUCAGGUAAAAAUCUGCAUUCCUAGGGGUUCAAUUUUGAGUCUAAACACUGGAGCUGAGCGCACACUAAAUCAUGUUGCUGACAGGGAUACGUUGAGAGGAGCCCAUGGGCAUUCAGCAAGCAUUUGCACAAGGCUCUUAGAUGUAUGACUUAAUGCUGAGGUUGCCAGGCACUGGGCGUGAUCCCUGUGAGUCCCUUCCAAGGCAGGAGAAUGAACAAUUUUAGGAUAUUUAUCCAUUUGUGCCACCUGCUGUGAAGCAGCCCUGGGACAGCUUCAGAUCCACCGUGGGGUCUCCCAGGAGCUGCUGAACACAUGAAUUUCUUGCCUGUCUCCUACAGCCAAGCGUCGUGGUAUCGCAGUGCUUCGCGACCCCGGGCACGUCGCUAAAUCUGCCGGUAAGCAGCCACGUGCGCAGAGCGCCUCCAUAUUGCCCUGUGAGAAAGGAGCUACUGCACAUGCGCGGGGCUAUUCCUGCAGUACCGCCUGGCGUCCAGCAGGGGGCAGCAGAGAGCCGCAGCGCUCCGGGGAGGUGCGAGAACCGCUGGAAAAAGGAUCGGAAAGAGAGCAGGAGACAGCAUCAUUUAAAAGUGAUUUUAAAGGGAAAACCAACAGCUGAUCACCUGCUGAUCCUUGUCCAGAUACUGCUCAGCAACAGAAAGCCAGCAAUGCACCCAAACCAUCCUCAGGGUGCCUGCUUUUCCCUCGGAGACCAGCCUGGUCUGAGCACUUCACUGUCAUUUUGCUUCCUUCGUGAGUUGAGUUGCUCCUGCAGUGACAACUUGAGCUGUAACGUCAAAAUCCCAUCUCUGUCUGUGAAGAGAAUCUGUUUUGGUGUCAAAGCGGUCCGGCUGUGCGUGGUGCUGCAGGUAACUUCUGUACGUAUGGGCUGUAGCUUCUGCAAAGCUGUAGCUGGGAAGGGUCUCAGCCUAAGGCUGACCUGCUCAGGGGAAGGCAAAGCCUUCGUAGGGCCCUACAGCAUGGAAGCAGAUUGCAUUGGUGGGGCCUGAUUGG